AUGAAGGUGCAAGAAGUCGGACUGCUACCUGGUGAAACCACUCGAAUCACUCUAACUGUAGAGGAUCGAACACGGCGGAAACGAUGGCAGCGAAAGAAGGAGCAUCACGAAUGUGUGUUGAUAUCUCUGUGCCAGCAACUGGAUUUCAUCUCUGCGAAUAGAUACGAGGCUCAUUUAGUAGACCGAAAGAGCGUUACGAUAGCUGUUGAGUCUCAUGGUACCUGCAAAGCCAGGCCGGGAUCGGGUCCCGAAACGAAAGAGAUUGAGUUUUCGAUACCGUCUGAUUUACCGCCCACGUCGAUACAUGCAGAUCGGCUGGUUACCAUCAGCUACUUUUUCAAGCUCGACCUCGAUCAAUUCGAUAUCAUUGUCCCUGUGAUCAUAGGAACAGCAAAGACGCCGGGAACUAUAGAAUAA